AUAAGCAUUUGAAAAGCCGACUCAAGUGGCUUUACAUUGACCUACGUUAAUUAACAAAGGGGCGAUUCUACUGAUUGUGCAUAAUAUAAUGACUGAAAUGACACAUUACAUCAACAAGGCACAACAAUUAUUUGUUAUUCAUUGAUAUUGUAAUUUGAUCCGUUUGAAUGUGAAACGUUUAUUUCAAAUACCCUAAUUGUUGUACCCAAUCGAUUCUAGGAUUAGAGGAGUGAGUGUUCCAGUUAGUUGCCAGAAAUUCUCUUUAUAUACGGGUUAUAUGCAUCGAGCAGCAUUGAGGGCCCAUAUAGCCGAGGCGGUAAACGCACGGGUAUUCAGCAUGACCAUGCUGAGGGUGACGGGUUCGAUUCCCGGUCGGUCCAGGAUCUUUUCGUAAAGGAAAUUUUCUUGACUUCCUUGGGCAUAGAGUAUCUUCGUGCCUGCCACACGAUAUACGCAUGCAAAAUGGUCAUUGGCAGAGGAAGCUCUCAGUUAAUAACUGUGGAAGUGCUCAUAGAACACUAAGCUGAGAAGCAGGCUUUGUCCCAAUGAGGACGUUACGCCAAGAAAAAGAAAAGAAAGAUGCAUCGAGCAAAAAAUAUAUGGGGUCUCAGUUAUCAAUAGCAAUUAAAAAAUCAAAUUGGUAUUGAUUUUUGAGAGAUUCAUAACUUUUUAUGCAAGCAAAGUUCAUAUUUUUUCUUCGAUGCAACUUUGUUAUUACCCUGAAAACACACUAAAUCCACAUCUUGCUCACAGAUCGAAAUAUGUGGAGUACAGACAUGAUGGGAUAAACCGUGCAGAGCAUAUCAGAUUGACAUAUUAAAACAUGGCUUUUCCACUAAGUUAUAUGUAUAAAAGUGAAUUUGUGGAGUACUGGGCAAAAAAAAAAUAGUAAAUUCAGCUAUAAAAAUCACAAUCUGGGUAAAAAUAUUAUUUUAGCGAUUUAUGAAUAUUUGGUCAUAUGCUACACAUAUGAUUUCUUUUUAUUUGAGGUAUUUUCGAAAUUUAAAUAAACAAACUUUGAACAAAACAUUAUAAACUGAAUGAAAUAACAAGGGCAAUGUUAGGCGUUUAUCGGUGCAUGGAGAUUUCUGUCCCAAUUUAUAAAAUUGAUUCCUAUUCGUAAAAACACGCUUCGGCCAGAUGUACAAUCUACUAUGAUCGAUUUGGUGUCCGGCGAUUUGGCCGAAUGCCGUUUGGCCGAACGCCAUUUGGCCGAAUGCCAUCUGGCCGAAUGGGUCGUUUGGUCGAAUGCCGUUUGGCCGAAUUAUGACCAAAAGAAUUCAGAUGAAAUUGCUUACACUCUGGCUACCAAUAUGAUCAUCAGAAAUAUUUCCUUCUUUUAAUCAUAGGCUUUUCUUUCUAGUUUUAACAUUCACGCAUUAGCUGGCGCUGAAGCUGCCAAUAUUUCAUCAAAGAUUUUUUCUUCUUUGUAUCAUAGGCUGUUCUAUCAAGUUACAGUGAGGAUUCGCUCGUUGGGUCACGACUGCGCCCCGAUUAGCGAAUCGUGUUCGUUCGUUGGGGCAACUGACAACUGAUCAAAAUGCUCUAGACACACGCAAGUGACGAGAAAUACGUCACGAAACACUCACAUACUUGCGCAAACGGUCUGUAUACAGGAGCUGCGAUGCGACGACGGUCAGACGUCAAACUCGCUUUGACAUCGAUUUUGACAUUGACAGUGCUUUUUAGUUGGGUUUUGCCCCAGCUAGCGAACAUCCAACCAUCGAGACAGCCCAUCUAAUGAGCCGCCAACGAACGAAUCGGGACUGUAUACUGAUGCGGGGAAAAGUGGCAUGAUCACUUAAGUUCAUCAUUCAUUUUUCGGCCAAACGGCAUUCGGCCAAAUGACAUUCGGCCAAAUGACCCUUUCGGUCAAAUGGCGUUCGGCCCAGCGGCAUUCGGCCCAAUGGCGUUCGGCCAAAUGACCCGGAACCGAUCGAUUUGCCGAGAGAAUAAGUUGCCCUUCAUUGACAAAAUAGUCAAAACGUUGUUGAACUCGGUUUUGCUAAAAAGUUCUCUGAGGUUUCAUAUGUAUAGCCACAUCCACAUGUAUAGUUUUGAUUUUUUUUAAAUUUGCAUUUUUCAAGAAAUAUCUUAAAAGUGCCAUUUCAUCAUAACUUUGUUCAACGUUCAAUAAGUGCCUAUGUUUUAAAGACUUUUCAAGCAUUAAAAGGGUGACAAAGGGUGGCAGAUUUGUUUUCUUCAUCAAGAAGGGUUUUUGUAGGCCAACUUGCUUGAAACUAGGUUGUACAACGCAGUUUGAUUAAGGACUGUUCAUUAAAGAAAGUGGACACCUGUUUUUCAAUAGAAAAUAUUUAUUUUCGAAUACAUUCAUAAGUUUAUUUUUAUUUAAUACAAUCAACAUACAUGUGGCCGAAUUCACGUGAGUUUGAACAUUUACUUCGCAUUUCUGAAGAAUGCUUGGACUUUCCUCUUGAUACCUCCCAUUAGAUUUUGCACAACUUUCUCCGUAACAUUUCGUUGUGCCGCAGACCAAAUUUUCUUGAAGCAAUCAACAGAGCUUGCUUCACUUCCAUCUUUCUUGAGAUGCCGCCUUAUUAUUGUCCAGUAUCUUUUCACAGGACGCAGUUCAGGGAAGUUUUGUGGAUUUUGCCAUUUUUCGACAAAAUCGACUUUUUUUGUCUUGAGCAUCUCUAUAACUAUGAAAAUUUAAAAUGUUCAUUGAAAGCGUAGUCGAUGGAAAUUUCGCAAGUGUUACGUCUGUUUAUCUGUGCAUGACAGUUCAAAAAUUAGUUGUCUAAAAAUAGUGUUUUACGAGAACGGUCCUACCUUCGCGAAAGAUUAACCAAACGAGCCCAUAUUUGUAUCAAUGGUGUACAUGAACAUAUAUAAGGUCGACAAACAGUCAAUUUUUUUUCAUUUUUUAUGCACUCUUUGAGAAGUUACAGCUUGUCGAAUUUUUUUGUGAGAGAAAAAAAAGUUGCCUAUCCCAAACAUUUCGGUCACUCCUGUAUAUUGUAUACACUUGCAAUUCUGUUAAAUGUUCUUUGAUUUUUCCUUAUAUUUAUGGGUCAUUCCGCGCCAAGUGACCGACCGCUUGCAAUCGACCAUCACGGAUUUGAACCAAAUUUGGCUGAAACAUUUAUUUAGAUGGUAAAAGAAAAAAUCCAAAUUUUGGUGCCGAUCGGAUGACCCCUCGGCCCGUGGCAGCACCCCUCGUUUUGGCCGAUAUGAAAAUUAUCCUCUCUUUCUUUUAUUUUUAUCAUUGAAACGAUUGCACAUACACAUUUUCGACGUUCGGCUUUUUUAAAGGAAAUCGUUCAGGGAAUCCAGAAAAAAUAUUUUUUUUUUUGAUACAGUGUUGCCAGAUAUCAUAUUUUUCAAUUUUAAAACUAAAAAUCGAUUUUUCUCAAAAUACUUAUAUUUUGAUUUUGAUUUGAUCCAAUAGCCUCUGCCCAGCAACUCCUAUCCCUACCUCCACGCGGUACCGGCCGGAAACUAUGAGCAACCUUAGGGAAGAUCGGGUAACCAACCCCGGUGGGAACUUUGGUCGUAGGCUGACAGGGAAGGGGGGGGUUUGCUUCGGUAAACCUGAGCGUCUGUUCUCCAGGAGGAGCGGCUCACAACAGCGUCUGAUCCCCAUGUUGGGGGCGGCUGAUCUACGUCCGAGUGCCAGGGAAGGACUCUAAGCUCAAGUGUGCACUAUGGUCCUCCGGAAAGUAGUUGGAUGGUGUCAGGCCCUACGAGCCAGCCGUAAAAAACCAUUGUAACGGAAAAUCAGCAACAGAAUACGAACCGAGACCAACGGCAACGACCCCAGCGAACAAAAAGGACUUGCGAUUGGAAACUCGGUACGUGGAACUGCCGAUCUCUCAACUUCGCCGCAUACUCGCCGAUCUACUGAAGGACCGCGGGUUCGGCAUCGUAGCGCUGCAGGAGGUGUGUUGGACAGGAUCCAUGGUGCGAACGUUUAGAGGUAAUCAUACCAUCUACCAGAGCUGCGGCAACACACGCGAGCUGGGAACAGCUUUCAUCGUGAUGGGUGAUAUGCAGAGGCGCGUGAUCGGUUGAUGGCCGAUCGACGAAAGAAUGUGCAGGUUGAGGAUCAAAGGCCGAUUCUUCAACUUCAGCAUAAUAAACGUGCACAGCCCACACUCCGGAAGUACUGAUAAUGACAAGGACGCAUUUUACGCACAGCUUGAACGCGAGUGCGAUCGCUGCCCAUGCCACGACGUCAAGAUCAUCAUAGGUGAUUUGAACGCUCAGGUAGGCCAGGAGGAGGAAUUCAGACCGACGAUUGGUAAGUUCAGCGCCCACCAGCUGACGAACGAAAACGGCCUACGACUCAUUGAUUUCGCCGCCUCCAAAAAUAUGGCCAUACGUAGCACCUUUUUCCAACACAGCCUCCCUUAUCGUUACACCUGGAGAUCACCACAGCAGACGGAAUCUCAAAUCGACCACGUUCUGAUUGACGGACGGCACUUCUCCGACAUUAUCGACGUCAGGACCUAUCGUGGUGCCAACAUCGACUCCGACCACUAUCUGGUGAUGGUCAAACUGCGCCCAAAAUUCUCCGUCAUCAACAAUGUACGAUACCGGCGACCGCCACGGUACAACCUAGAGCGACUGAAGCAACCGGAUGUCGCCUCAGCAUACGCGCAGAAUCUCGAGGCCGCGUUGCCAGACGAGGGCGAGCUCGAUGAGGCCCCUCUAGAGGACUGCUGGAGUGCAGUGAAAGCAGCCAUCAACGACGCAGCCGAGAGCACCAUCGGGUACGUGGAACGGAAUCAACGGAACGAAUGGUUCGACGAAGAGUGCAGAACGGUUUUGGAGGAGAAGAAUGCAGCGAGGGCGGUAAUGCUGCAGCAAGGGACUCGACAGAACGUGGAACGUUAUAAACAGAAGCGGAAACAGCAGACCCGCCUCUUUCGGGAGAAAAAGCGCCGCCUGGAAGAAGCGGAGUGUGAAGAAAUGGAACUGCUGUGCCGUUCCCAAGAAAAACGGAAGUUCUAUCAGAAGCUCAACGCAUCCCGCAACGGCUUCGUGCCGCGAGCCGAAAUAUGCAGGGAUAAAGACGGAGGCCUCUUGACGGACGGACGUGAGGUGAUCGAAAGGUGGAAGCAGCACUUCGAUCAGCACCUGAACGGCGUGGAGAACGUAGGCACGGGAGCCCACGGCAACGGAGGAAACGACGACGCCAGUGCAGCGGAGGACGGAAUUGAACCAACUCCCACGCUGAGGGAAGUUAAGGAUGCCAUUUACCAGCUCAAAACCAACAAAGCAGCUGGUAAGGAUUGUAUCGCAGCUGAACUCAUCAAGAUGGGCCCAGAAAAGUUGGCCACCUGUCUGCAUCGGCUGAUAGUCAGAUCUGGGAAACCGAACAGCUAUCGGAGGAGUGGAAGGAAGGGGUAAUCUGCCCCAUUCACAAGAAAGGCGACCAUUUGGAAUGUGAGAACUUCAGGGCGAUCACUAUUUUGAAUGCUGCCUACAAAGCGUUAUCCCAGAUCAUCUUCCGUCGUUUGUCACCUAAAACAAAUGAGUUCGUGGGAAGUUAUCAAGCCGGCUUCAUCGACGGCCGGUCGACAACGGACCAGAUCUUUACCGUACGGCAAAUCCUCCAGAAAUGCCAUGAAUACCAGGUCCCAACGCAUCACCUGUUCAUCGACUUCAGAGCGGCAUACGACAGUAUCGACCGCGCAGAGCUAUGGAGAAUCAUGGACGAAAACGGCUUUCCUGGGAAGCUGACUAGACUGAUUAAAGCAACGAUGGACGGCGUGCAAAACUGCGUAAGGGUUUCGGGAGAACUAUCUAGUCCAUUCGAAUCUCGCCGGGGACUGCGACAAGGUGAUGGACUCUCAUGUCUACUCUUCAACAUCGCUUUGGAAGGUGUGAUGCGACGAGCCGGGCUCAACAGCCGGGGAACGAUUUUCACAAAAUCCGGACAAUUUGUGUGCUUUGCGGACGACAUGGACAUUAUUGCCAGAACAUUUGGAACGGUGGCAGAGCUGUACUCCCGCCUGAAACGCGAAGCAGCAAAGGUCGGACUGGUGG